UUGAUCUAUCUCUAUAUUUUGAAGGAUCUCGUGGCACUACCUUGAAGAAGAAAUGUUGCAAGUGGACAGAAGAAUAGCUGAAAACAUCCGAGAAGAAGCAAGAAGAGCGAAAGCUAUCGCGGUGGAGAAGUAUAGAACGGGUGAUUUCUAUGGAGCCAAAGAAUUUGCUGUCAAGGCACAAAAGCUGAACCCUGCACUCUGCGGUCUUCUCCGUCUCAAUGCAGUUCUUGAUGUGCGCAUGGGUUUCGCGCACAAAAUCAACAAUGAAAUUGAUUGGUAUGCUGUUUUAUCGGUCAAUCCAACCGCGGAUCUUGGAACAAUUCUAGAGCGUUACAAGAAACUAUCUCUGGACAUUAUCCUUGAUAGUGACGACUCUGUUGGCAGCAUUGAUGAAGCCAACAUGUUACUGGCUGAGUCAUGGAGAAAUCUGUGCAAUGAAGGAAGGAAGCAGCUCUAUGACAGGAGACGUCAAGAACAGCUACGACUACAGAACCUGAGAAGAGUCUCGGAGGGGUUUCCUGAUUACUUGGGUACUAAUUCAUUUCCAUCAAAUGGUGUCAGCUUCUGGACAUGUUGCCGUUCUUGUACCAUGAAGUAUGAGUAUCCAAAUAGGUGCAAAGAUCGCAGUGUUAUGUGUAUUUAUUGUCGCAAGCCGUUUAUCGCUUUCCCGUGUCAGACUCCAUUGGUAAAUCGUGUUGUUCCAUGGGGUUCCGCGAAUCAGCAGCUCAUGAGUGCUAGGGAAAGAGCGAGUCAGGUUUCGAGCUUGACUUAUAAUCCAAUGGUUCUGUCAUCAGUGCCGCCUCAUCCUGUCUUGACAUCUCAAAGAACCUUUGGUCCAGUAAACAGGUUUAGUCAAGAAAGAGUUGAAGUUAAGGUUGAACCAAUGGUUGAACAACCUCCAUGGAGAGUUUCUGGUCCUGUAAACCCAUUAAGGAGAGUUAGUGGAGGAGAAAACAAACGAAGGGGACCUCCGUUAACAAAUCCGUAUCAUGUUCCUCAGUUAAGAAGAAUCAGUGAAGACGCAGGGAUCAGACGUGAUAGAUUUGAGCCUACUCCAAGUAUGGUUGAAAGUGCUUUGAUUGAAACGGGUAAGAGUAUUGUCCAACAGGGUCUUGAAAGGUUGCUUUCUGGUUCUCAAGAAAACAAUGUUGGGUCUGGUGCUGCAGCAACAAACGUACCUCAAGGCUCGAUGAACGCUAAUGAUGUGGUUAAGGAGGAGGAACCUGAUUCAUUGGAUGUGAUUAUUCCAGAUACUGAUUUCUACGACUUUGACAAGGACCGGGUUGAAGCUUCGUUUGGAGAAGAAGACCAGGUAUGGGCUGUAUAUGAUGAUAUCGGGAUGCCCCGGUUUUAUGCACUGGUUCAUGGUGUUGUCUCUCAAGAACCGUUCAAGCUGUGUUUUUCUUGGCUGUAUAGCAAGAAAAAUGAGGAACUGGGUCCAAUGAAGUGGAUUGAAUCGGGGUUUUACAAGACGAGCGGACACUUCUCAAUCGGGAAGGCUAGCAGUUGUGAGUCUUUCGACUCUUUCUCCCAUAAAGUCAAGUGGGCAAAAGAUGCCAAAGGGUUUGUGCACAUCUAUCCGAAGAAAGGCGAUGUUUGGGCUCUGUAUACAAACUGGUCACCAUCUUGGAACAGUUCAACUCCUGAAGAAGUUGUGGACAAGUAUGAAAUUGUUGAAGUGAUUCAAGAUUUCGAUGAAGAAGGAGGUGUGACGGUUGUGCCGCUUGUUAAAGUCCCAGGAUUCGUAGCUGUGUUUCGUCGCCAUCCAAACCAGAGGACAUUCCCAAGGUAUGAGCUGUUUAGGUUCUCGCAUCAGGUGGCUUCUCAUUUUCUUACAAAUCAAGAUGGUGAGAAUGCUCCUGAAGGUUGCUUGGAGCUUGAUCCAGCACAUUUGUCACCAGAGCUUCUCAAGGUUGUCACUAAGGAGGAGAUGAAAGAAUUGGAGAAUUUGGCUAUCAAGAAUCCAAAGGAGGAGGCUGACGAUGAAGUAGUGCAAACUAUGAACAAUGUUGGAAUUGAUGAUGAAGCAGAGAAGCUUGGAAUGAUGAUAAAAAUGGAGACUGUGGACAAGAAACCGAAGGAGGAAGUUGAUGAUGUUCCAGAGAUUUCGAGCAAUGUUGCAGUUGAUGAUGAAGCAAAGGUGAAGCUUGAAAUGGAAAGUGGCAAAGAGAAGAAGGAGUAGAAGAUGGUAGAGAUCAGAUUUCUCAAGAAACCCUGUUUUGUUUCUGUUUUCUUUCUAGACUUUUUUUUCAUACAAACUACAGUGAAUCUGAGUUAGUAUCAGUGUGAUGCUAAUUCAGUGACUUUUCUCUUUACUUUAUGUUUUUAUAUUUGAAAGUUGUAGACUGCUCCUAUACUAGGAUCGUUAAUUGUUUAUUUUGAAACAGGGUUAUCUGAUUGGAAUGAGACUUUGAUCUUUAGAUUAUAUAUCAUUUUAAGACUCUUAUCUCCAUAUCUCUCAAAGUUUUCAUGUGAUAUGCAUUGAGUCUUUGGAGAUUAAAGAUUAUGAAAAUCGAGAGCAGUCUUGUUCUUUCUCCCAUUAUUAUACUAAGACCGGUCUACUGAAGCAGAGAGAACGUGUACCUGUUUGAAGAAUCAUGGAUGCUUCAGAUACGUAAAGAGAUUAAUGUUCUGAUCGUGUUGCAGGUAUGUACCAGCAUCCCAUUUGAGUUACUGACCAUAAGGGCACUUCAAGGAUGGAACAAACGCUAGGGAGAAGUAAGAUAUCACUUAAAUGAUAAUUCCGCAACAAAGAAAGUUCCAUUCUGUUCUGUAAAUGAUAAUCUUCAAAGAUUUCAUUGACAAGUUCAUAAGGAGAAACA